ACAAACAUUCGUGUUGCUUCGUACUUUCGAAAAUAACUUUAAAUUUAUAAACAUGCCUGAAGAAUACAAAAAAGUUUUCGUAACUGUAGGAACUACACGUUUUGAUUUAUUAUGUGAUACGAUUAUGACUUCACCGGUAUUGAAGGCGUUGAAAAAAAUCGGUUGUAAAGAAAUCACUUUACAAAUUGGCAACAGUGCGUUUGAGGUUGGUGAAUAUGAAAAAGAGGGCGUGAAGGUGAAUGCUUACAGGUUUAAAGACAGUAUACAAGAGAAUAUAAAAGGAGCCAGUCUGGUGAUAAGUCAUGCGGGCGCUGGAAGCUGUUUGGAAACUUUAGAAGCCAAUAAACCUCUGUUAGUUGUAGUCAACGAAGAUUUAAUGGACAACCACCAACUAGAACUAGCAGAACAACUACAGGUCGAUGGACACCUUUAUUAUUGUACAUGUGACACAUUAGAGAACACCCUGGAAGAGGUGGACUUUAGUCUACUUGCUCCCUUCCCCAAACCUGAUGCAACAUUAUUUGUGAAAUAUUUGGAUGAUAUUUUUAGGGUUAAACAACAUGUGGAAUGAUAUUGACUGUAGGUGUCUAAGGAUCAGCAGGCUCUGUACAGCAACCAUACUGUGCGAUUUGAUUGAGGGUCUCAACCAAUAGACAUAGUAAAUGCUAUAAUUAUUUAAUUAGCGGUUGCUGUACCACUAUGGCAGUAUAUAUGUAUAAUAUAUAUCUGACGUUUUUACAUAAAUAUAGUUUCCUUAAAUAGUGUGUAUCAUUGUUUUUCUUAAUAAUAUUUUUAGUUCACUGAAGUCUUAACAAACUGACACAUAAGAUAAAUUUUUAAUACGUCCGUAAAUUAAAAAAAUAUAAAAAAAAAACAAUGAUACACUAUGGCAGCAGUAGGUAUUAAAUGACUUUGUUAA